UGUUUCAGCUAAUUCUCUUUCACAUGUUUAAAACUCUUAAAACUCCAGAUUCUCCAGUCACUAAAAUUUUCAUUUUCUCAAAUUAAAAAUCUCCAUUUGAUCUUUUAGUUUAAAUUUAUCUCAAAAAUGACUUCCAAUGGUGAAGAAAUCGAAGAAGAAGAAAUAUCAAGAAUUGAGAAAGGCCAAGCCAAAAAUUGCCAUGGAGGAAUCGAGACAGUCAUAUGUACUUCUCCAAGUAUUGUUUGCCUUACGCAAAAGUUGAUAGCCGAGAUGAUAGGGACUUAUUUUGUAAUAUUCUCUGGAUGUGGAGUGGUGGUAGUGAAUGUAUUGUACGGUGGAACAGUGACGUUCCCGGGGGUAUGUGUGACUUGGGGUCUCAUUGUUAUGGUUAUGAUUUACGCUACUGGUCACAUCUCCGGUGCACAUUUCAAUCCGGCCGUCACAUUAACUUUUGCUAUUUUCCGGCGAUUUCCCUGGUAUCAGGUACCAUUGUAUGUAGGUGCACAACUUGCAGGUUCGUUACUAGCCAGUUUGACAUUAAGACUAAUGUUCAAAGUAACACCUGAAGCUUACUUCGGAACAACUCCAACUGAUUCGGCGGCACGAGCGCUUGUUGCGGAGAUCAUUAUCUCAUUUCUUCUCAUGUUCGUUAUCUCCGGCGUUUCAACUGAUAGUCGCGCGAUUGGAGAAUUAGCUGGAAUUGCGGUAGGGAUGACUAUAAUGUUAAAUGUUUUUGUGGCCGGACCGAUUUCAGGAGCAUCAAUGAAUCCAGCGAGAAGUCUAGGACCAGCAAUUGUGAUGGGAGUUUACAAAGACAUAUGGGUUUACAUUGUAGGUCCCAUCGCCGGAGUUAUGGCCGGAGGUUUUGUUUACAACUUUAUCAGGUUUACUGAUAAGCCACUUCGAGAACUCACCAAGAGUGCGUCUUUUCUCCGUAGCAUCUCUCCAAAACAAUAAUUCGACGAGCUAAUAUUUUAUUAGUUCCAGAUAUGUAUGUAUAAAUUGAUAUCUUUCACUAAAUGAA